CUACUUCCCUUCUGUUAAUCCUCCAGCAGCAGCGACCGAGGCGAACAAAGCGCUUCUUUGACUUCAGUUCAAUAGAUUUUUUUAACUAAUCAAUUGCUAUGGCAGCAAUCAGGAAAAAGCUCGUUAUAGUUGGAGAUGGAGCCUGUGGGAAGACCUGUCUGCUCAUUGUGUUCAGUAAAGACCAGUUUCCUGAAGUCUAUGUGCCCACUGUGUUUGAGAACUAUGUUGCUGACAUUGAAGUAGAUAGUAAACAGGUUGAGUUAGCUCUCUGGGAUACAGCAGGCCAAGAGGACUAUGACAGACUGCGCCCACUCUCUUAUCCAGACACUGAUGUCAUUCUCAUGUGCUUCUCCAUCGACAGCCCUGACAGUCUUGAGAACAUCCCUGAGAAGUGGACCCCUGAGGUGAAACAUUUUUGCCCUAAUGUUCCCAUCAUACUUGUGGGAAAUAAAAAGGAUCUACGUAAUGAUGACCAUACUCGGAGGGAGCUUGCCAAAAUGAAGCAGGAACCAGUCAAACCGGAAGAUGGUCGGGACAUGGCUAACAGGAUCAGUGCCUUUGGAUACAUGGAGUGCUCUGCAAAAACAAAGGAUGGUGUGAGGGAAGUGUUUGAGUUGGCCACCAGGGCAGCACUACAAGCCAGACGGGGAAAGAAGAGCAAUAAAUGCAUCCUACUGUAAAUGGGGGAAUGGGGACUGCUUCUUACAGGGGGAAAGAAGAUGGAAAAUGAGGUCAAUCUACCCCCCGACACACCCACACAAAAGACUGUUCUCCCGUUUUUACUAAAGGUGUAAUGCUUUUACUGUUUUGUCUUAAGCAAAAGUAGUCAGGUUCUGUCAGUAUUCAAUUUUGAGGUUAUGGGAAAUACAUUUUGUACUUUUAACAUGAGUAAAAUUUGCCAUAAUAAAACCUCCUUUAACAUGU